AUGCCUACUGAUGAUACCGUGAGUGUGAGAAACGAUGGGGAAUGGGUCCGAGAUGAAUCUGAAACUAACAAGGAGAACUCUAAGCAAGCGAAUGAACAUGGAGAGACAAAUGAAGCCAAAAAGUUUGUUAUUGAGGUUCCUCCUAUCAAAAUUCCUUUUUCAAAUCGUCAAUUCAAGAGUAAGUUGGACCAACAAUUUGAUAUCUUGACUAGAAAAAGGGUUUUUAAUGAGGUGGAGACAGUUGCAUUUACUGAGGAAUGUAGUGCCUUUUCACAAAAUAAGUAUCCACCAAAAUUAAAAGAUCUUGGUAGUUUCACUAUUCCAUGUCACAUUGGCAGACUAUUCAUUGAUAAAGUAUUGCGUGAUUUGAGUGCUACUGUGAGUGUUAUGCCAUUAUCUGUUUCCUCAAAAUUAAACAUGAGAAGUCUAAAAGUUUCCAAUAUUACUCUGGAAAUGGUUAACCAUUCGGUUAAAUACCUCCUAAGUAUUCUAGAGGAUAUGCCUGCUAGGGUAGGCAAACUUUUUACUCCCGUUGAUUUUGUUGUGCUUGACAUGGAGGAAGAUACACGAAUUCCAAUUAAUUUGGGUAGGCCAUUCCUUCAUACUGCAUGUGCAGUAAUUGAUGUGAAAAAUGGUAACCUUACAUUAUGUAUAAGAGAUGAUGAGGUCACCUUUAAUCUGAGCAUCGCUUUGGAAAGUCCUAUGCUAGAGGGAAAAUGUUAUAGUAUUGAUGUGGUUGAUGUAAUUUGCCAUGAUAUAAAUGACCCAAGCUCUCUAUGGAGAUCCCUUGGAGGCGUUACUUUGUCUUGA